AUGUGUUCCGCUCCCCUAGAUGCCUCUCGCCUCCGCACCGAUGCGCCAUAUACACCUAAACCAGUCCCGGAUAUCGCAUCUGCGGAUCUAGCGGCCCUCAAGUCUGCUACCGACCGCAUGAUCCAAGUUAAUUGGACUGCGGCUCAAGGCUGGGCUGACCCGGAAGUAGUGCCUUACGGACCCCUUGCAUUACUGCCUACGGCCAGCGCCUUGCAGUACGCCACGGAAUGUUUCGAAGGCAUGAAGGUAUACCGGGGUCAUGAUGGACGUCUUCGGCUCUUCCGACCAAUGUACAAUUGCGAGCGCAUGUACAACUCCGCGAAGAGGGUGACGCUGCCGACUUUUGAGCCCGAGCAAUUACUGCAACUAAUUCGGAAAAUAUGCGCUUUGGAGGCCCCCAAAUGGCUUCCUCCUAGCCAAGCUGGCUCAGCUCUCUAUAUAAGGCCUACCUUGAUCGCAACGGACAGCAGCCUUGGCUUCAAAGUCCCCGAUGAGGCUUGCUUGUGCAUCUUUCUCAUCUACUGGCCGACACCCCAGCAAGCUACUCCAGCCUUGAACGGUGCCGAACCAAAGGGCAUGCGGCUGAUCACCAGCAGCGAAGAUGCUGUCAGGGCCUGGCCUGGUGGUACCGGCGCAGCCAAGAUUGGUGGCAACUACGGACUCGCUCUUCAGGAGCACGCACGGGCAAAAGAAGGUGGUUAUGAUCAGGUUCUGUGGCUCUACGGGCCCGAUCGACAGAUUACAGAAGCUGGAUCGACAAACGUGUUCAUCAUGUGGAAAACGCAAUCCGGCCGCCUGGAGAUUCUUACCAGCCCCCUUGAUGAAAGGUCUCUGAUUCUUGCUGGCAACACACGGCGCAGUGUGAUCGAGCUUGCGCGUGAUAUGUUUGUUGAAAAGAACAUUGGAGGUUUCGAAGCCUGCGACGUCGUGGAGCGAGUAUUCACCAUGGCCGAAAUCGAAAAGGCGAACCUUGAUGGGAGGCUGGUAGGUAUGUUCGCUGUCGGCACUGCUUUCUGGAUCCAAGAGGUAGGCAAGAUCACCCAUGAGGAGCGUGAUAUUCAUGUACCCACGAACCGGGUCCCACAUGUUGGCGCUUUGCGGCAAAAGGUGUCCGAUAUUGUAUAUGGAGUUUGCCAGAGCGAAUGGGCUGACCUUAUUACGGAAUAA